UCCUCCCCUAUGAGACAUAAAGCUAAUCAUUUUAUAAACAUGUCACCUGCCGCCGCUAAACUUAUAGAAUUUGGAUUAACUUUUCUAAAUGAUAAAUUAAGAAAUAGAACUUUUAUAAAUCCGUCUUUAGACGCCUUACAUGAGAAAAUCGACCCGAAAAUUCUUCCUAAAGAAUAUGGUGGUGUAGUUCCUUUGAGCGAACUCACGGAAAAAUUGAAAACCUUACUAAAAGAAAGGCGAGAACAAGUGUUAUCGUUAGACGACAUGUAUAUUGAAAUAGAUGAAAGAGAAUGCAAACUGGUAUCGGAGAUGAACGAAGAGUUAGGGGUGGGUUUGGAAGGAAGUUUUAAGAAGCUUACCGUUGAUUAAUCAUAUCUAGUCCAUUUCUUUUGAUUUUCAUUAUAUUAUGUGACCUCGAACUCGAAUACUAAUAAUAGAUACUAAAAAGAAUAAAAAUCCAUGAUAAUCAUCACUUGAUCUGAAUUAUUAAACCACUGCUGAACUUUUUGAUUUAUUAACUACGAUUUUUAUGAUUUCGUUUACUUUGCAUGAUGUCUAUCUAACACUAUCUACACUUUAUUUCCUAGAAAUAUUUGACUGUUACCAAAUUGAAAAUUUAUUAUUUAUUUCUUUUUUCAUUUUAUUUCUGUCUCCUUUACUUAUCACUGAAUAUAACUUGAUUUCGAUAUUCUGUGACACUUUUUUCUAAAUUUCUUUAUCUUACUUUGUUUCGUACUUUCCGGAUCGAAAGAGUAAUCGGGUCUUUGCAAUCAAAUUUUAAGUCCCGGACCAUUCCCGAAAAUGGUCCCGAAAUGGAAAUAUGUAAUAUUUCUUCUACAAAAAAUUUUUAUUAAAAAAGAUAACGCUUUAUGGAAACCAAGUAUUUUUACGUGAUAGUAAUAGUAAUUACAUUCAUUAUCAAAAAAAUAUGAAAUGUUAAACAAUAAGACCUAAUGCCGACAAAUUCUUUCGGGACUAUUUAUGGAACCCAUUUUUGGACAAAAUCCAGGGACAAUUUCGAGAUCAAAUACCGCAACUGGAAACCUUAUUUUUUACUCCGUAACUUUCAAUUUAUUUUGUGGUGAUAUGAAUAAUAUUGAUGAUACUAUUGUGAUAAUUUUAUAGUUGAAACUUUUUCUCUCUUUCUUGUACUUCUAUUCUGUCAUCUCUCACAACUUUUCGUCGAUAUAGUUUUUUGUAAUAGCAUUAUUUUUUAAGAUAUAUAUUGAAAAAUAGGCAUUUGUUGGUGCGGAAGUAGAUAUGUAUAAAACACGUCGAUAUGUAAUAAUAAUAAAGUUAAUGCUAAAUAUUAAGAACUUAAACGUACCUUCUUUCUUAAAAAAAUUACAAUAUGCAAAAAAUAUUGUAUGAUGGUAAAUUAUUGAUACUUGUUAAUGAUAAUUAGUUACUACUGUAAUUUUUAAUAUUUUUGUUAAAAACAAUUUUGGUAUAAUAUUUUAUAGUUAAAUGUCAAGGUGGUUUUAUGUUACCGUUUGUUGUAUAGUUUAUAUCGUAUAUAAUAUAUAUACAAAAUGUAUAAUGCAUACGCAACACUUAAUUACAAAUAAAGUAAUAAAAGUAAGAUUUUG